CGCCCUGUGCGCAGCGCGGUGCUGUGGGAUACUGCGCCGCGCCCGAUGUGCGGCGCUAAAAUGCGUCCGGCUGUCCGUGACAGGCUGGGCGGAAGGCGAGGCCGUGUCCAGUUGUAGGGGCGUUUCGGCGCCGCAAUGGCUGCGUACGUGUGCGUGCGCCCUUCAGAGUAACCCUUCGCAGCCGUACGUGACGACGUGGGCCGUUUGAUGUUUACGGCGGGAGGCGCUGGCGUUCCGCUCCGGUGCUGCUGCUGCUGUGAGACGGGGCGGCGAGGAGAGCAUGGGGCCGGGGGACCUGGUGCAGAAGAUCAGCAUUAGCGCUGAGAGCCCCCGGGGGAGCGAGAGGAACGACGGCGGCUCCGCGCUGGCGGGCGCUGAGAGGGGCGCCCCCGGCAGCUGGAGGCAGAAGUGCGCGGCCUACGUGCUGGCGCUCAGGCCGUGGAGUUUCAGUGCCUCCCUCACUCCCGUGGCCCUCGGCAGCGCGCUGGCGUACCGAGCCGAGGGAGCGCUAGACCCAGGGCUGCUGGUGGGAAGCGCUGUGACCGUCCUGGCUGUGCACGGAGCCGGCAACUUGGUGAACACCUACUACGACUUCUCCAAAGGCAUCGAUCACAAGAAGAGUGAUGACAGGACUUUGGUGGACCAGAUUUUGGAGCCUCAGGAUGUUGUCCGGUUUGGCGUCCUCCUUUAUACUGUGGGCUGUAUCUGUGCAGCUGGGCUGUACGCUGUCUCGACCCUCAAGCUGGAACACCUGGCCCUGAUUUACUUUGGAGGACUUUCCAGCUCCUUCCUUUAUACUGGAGGAAUUGGAUUUAAAUAUGUUGCACUUGGAGACGUGGUGAUCCUGAUCACCUUUGGGCCCCUGGCUGUCAUGUUUGCCCAUGCUGUGCAGGUUGGUUAUCUGUCUGUCUCGCCACUGCUCUACGCUAUCCCACUAGCUCUCAGUACUGAGGCCAUCCUGCACAGCAACAACACGCGAGACAUGGAGUCUGACCAGCAGGCGGGUAUUGUCACCUUGGCCAUCCUCAUUGGCCCUGCGUUCUCCUAUAUUCUCUACACCGUGCUGCUCUUCUUGCCCUAUUUGAUUUUCUGUGUGCUGGCCACACGUUAUACCAUCAGCAUGGCGUUGCCACUACUCACCAUCCCAAUGGCAUUUUCACUGGAAAGGCAGUUUCGGAGUCAGAGCUUCAACAAAAUUCCUCAGCGGACAGCCAAACUCAAUCUCCUCUUGGGGCUUUUCUAUGUUUGUGGUAUUACACUAGCACCAGCCGGUGCUCUGCCCAAACUGUAACAAGAGCUGUAGAGUCAGGCCCCACAAUUCGGUAUUAAUGCUGAUUAACUGUGGGUGAUGUGUGUAUGUGACCCAUUAUGGACAGUGGGAAGAAUGGAGAGACUGUCUUGAGCAGUUGGUUAUCUAUGAGUUUGAUAAUUUCUUGUCUUGGUUAACUUGUACGACAGACCACUCAAAAGUGAUUUGUCAGUUCUUCAGAAGGAGUGAAUUGUGCAGCUUUGCUUCAAGGAAGCAAGGAGAUGUGAGGACAAGGAAGUGUUUGAAAAACCUAAUCCUUCUGCCACUGAAUUCUUUCGCUGUCAACUCAAUGAAAGUGAGAUUGAGCCUCAAACACAAACUCUGUUCCCUUCACAAGUGCGGUGAUUGAUUGCUCUUACAACUCCUUUUCUUGCCAUGGUCAGGGAGUCCAGUGGCUCCUGUGUGGUAAACAGAAAACACUGCCAAAUGUUUUGCAUCACAGCAACGUAGGUGCUAUUACUUCACUCCCUUGUGAGCAUAGUUCAUCUGUUGUAUGGUUUAAUCUUUGUUGUGUUUUUUUUGCCUAAACAAAUUUUGAGCUUUCAUUUCCAAGCCCCCUGAAAUGCAUCAGAUACUAAUUCAUUAACGGUUGCUUCUGCUUGGUCUUUAUAGUCUAGAAAUUUCAAAGUUAUGUAUCUCUGUGGGAUGUUGGUGCUAAAAUGCAGCAUGAAUAGCCCACUGUACAAACUUUAAGCCAAAACCAGUACAUUUAUAUUCUGCUACGAAAGCUGAAGCUGUAAAUGCAAAUUAUGCAACUGAAAAGCCCUCAGUGCAUAGGAAAACAAGUGGUUUCCAUUUUUGCAUUUGCUUAGGAUUUAUUCUCUGAAUGACAGUCUUGGAAUUAAGGGGGAGGCAAUAGACAGGGUGCCAGAUUUCUCUGGCAUGGAUUAAUGGAUACAUGAGUGGAAGAACAAAUUCUUAGUUUAAAAAAAAUCAGUCUUUUUUCAAUUGUCAUUCUUUGGUUAUUUAGCCACUCAGAGUAUUGGAGUUGAAUGUCUUACCAUAGGAAGCCCAAAAAGAAGCCCAGUUGAGCAAAGCAGAAAGGUACAGAAUUAGAAAAAAAGAAAUGGGGAUUAUUGCAUUGGCUCUGCAUAAAAAAAUUAAGACUGGAAACAGGAAGAAAGCAUUUUUGUUAACAAGAUUUUUGCUAAUGGAGUCCAGAGUUUGUGUGACUGAAUCAGAUUUACAUAUUGUAAAGUUCUCCACCUCUUCCCACACACACCCCCCUCUUACCCUGGGGUUUUGUUUUCUUCUGCAGAUCUUGCCACUUGAUACUCCGUAGACAUUUGGAGAACUGAUUGUUUCAGCAAUUGUGUAGCAGUGUGAAAAAUAUGCCAAAUGCAACCAGUGCAAAGAUUAAUUUGAUCCAUACUAUGUUGCACAGUGGCAACUGAAUUCUUUUCUGGGUUGAAAAAUAAGUUUCCUGUGUGCAGGAAACUUUUUUGGUGAAAAGUUUGUUCACAGGAGCUGUGGGAAGCUUCAGAGGAAUUGACAGAGGUGUUGAGCUAGAGCUGCUAGUGCCUGAAGCACAACUUUGCUUUUGAAUCAAGUGGGAGUGUGCUAACCACUAUAUGAAGGGCUUUUAAAUGUGAGCAAUAAACUAGCAAUAAAGUAGCAUGGUGUUACUCUGCAUCUGUCAUAGGUAAGUUAUACCCUUGUGGUGUUCAUCUGAAAGUGCUGAGUAUUAUAUUAGUGGGUUGUACUGACAGUAGUAGAGCUGAGUUGAUGGUGCAAGAUUACAUGGUAUAGCUAUUUAAGUGACUUUUUAUGGCUUUGUGUUAUCCAGUGUUACCUGCCUCUUGGCUUCCUCCUUUACAGCUGCACUGUAGUCAACGGGAAGGAUUCUUUCCAGAUAUAUCUUAUGAGCCACAGUUUCAUCUUAUUAAAAUUGGGCAAAUGAUCUCUCUGACUAGGCACAAAAGAAGAGAUGGACCUCAGCAACUGUGUGCUGCUUUCUACAUUAAAUACUUGUUUAAGUUAGAAACAUGAGAAGAUGCAAAAGUUCAGCUCAGCUGGAUGGAGGGAGCUAUCCAAAAGGUUUUGGAAACUGUUUUCAAUACACACACAACACAGUAUCUACUGUUACUUCUUUGUGGACCUUACAGAAUAAAGAAGAGUCUUGCUACAAGACCCACUUCACUUUUCGGCAAAGCAAAAGCUGUUCUGGGGAUAUGGACUUAGCUGGUGAAUCUAUUAACCUUGCAAUUGGGGAUAUGUGAGUUUAUUAGGUUAAUCCCAGCAUAGCUUUGUUGCUACCUUUUGUAGCAGCCAAGUGCUUCAUUUUAUGAUAGCUUGUUUUUGUAUAGCUAUCGGUUUAAAAAGAAUGGAUAGUUACCGGUUUUUAUAUUCCUUCUACGUAAACUAGAGUACUCAAGUGAAAUUCCUUCAAGUAACUAAUACUUGUAUCAUAUGUUUGCUAACUGUAAUUGUAGUGGUGGAAAGAUCCAGGCUGUGAUCAUCAGUAGUGUAUCUGAUUGUAGUUGUAUCUAGGCUACCCUUUACUAGCAGGGAAAAGCCCCCUGUGUUGGUGUCUGCUUACUGCUGGGAAAGACCCGUGCUUUUUGUUACAGACAUGAAGGAAGAGCUUACCAGUACAGGUAUAUGUUUGUGGAACACUUUUCAAGGUGAGGGGGAUUCAAAGCAUUUUAGUAGUAAGAAUGAGAUGAAAAUUUGGUAACUCCUUGCUAGCAGAUGGUAGUUGCCUCAAUUCCCUGUCUGUGAAAAACAAUAUCAUUCCAGGCUCUUAAGGAUGUUAAUAAUAAAUAACACAUUCUUUACCAUGGCUUUGAGGAAGUAAGUUACCUUCUCUGUGUCUCAGAAAACAGCUGAUUUUUGCCUACCUCACAGGGAUGCUGAGCCAACAUUAUUGUUAUAAAGAGCUUUGACAUUAAUAAGUGCUUUAUCUCUGUGUACUUCCCCAAAAGCAUGUUAGUACUAGAAAACAUUUUAGGUAUGAACUAACCUAACAGGUGACUUAACCAAUGUAAGUAGACCAAAAUAAUCUCCACAUAGACAUUGAGUGGUAAGAGAGGUUCCUUUAUUGGUCUGUUAUUUGAUAAGGACGCUGGGUUUCUUUCCCUACACCUCUCCUCCAUGUCCCAAUGCUACGUUCCCUGCAUAUAAACUUUCUAGACUCCUUUCAGGUCUGUCUUGGUGAGCUUGUUGCGAUGUGAUGAGUCUAUGCUGGUAGAUUAACAGAUCUGUAGUCCAUCUGUUAAUGUGUCCUAAAGCACCUCCUGGCCUUCUUAUCUAAUAAAGUGUCUGAAUGUCAUUCUGAUAAUUAUGCCGUGUUUGAUUAUUUCAUAUCACUCCAGUUGUAUUUUUGCACAUGUAUUAAAGCAUCCUUCUGGAAGAAAGAGGGCCUUUGCUGUGUUUAUAGUAUAAGUGCAUGAAAGAUCGUAUUAUUUUUUUUCUGUCUAAGUGUCCUUUUAUGAAUCGCAUAGUCCUGUCUUUCCAUAUCAUCAGGUAAAAAGUUCAGUGAUCAUCUCCUACUAAUGGCAGACUUCAGAGUAGUUCCAGUGUUUUCAUCAGAGCGGAAUUUUCUUUGUAGUUUUCUGUGCCAUGUACUGUUCAGCAUUUGCAAGGAGGUUUCAGCUGACCUUUCAAUCUUCUUAAUAAAGAUGGACUUCAUCCUCA